AUGCACCUCAGCCAUGGCACCCUGGAACAACCCUCCAGCUUCUGGAGGGGCUGCUCAACUGCGACCAUGUAUACGGUCGUAGCAGCAUGCCGGGCAUUCCUCUACGCCGCGAGUAACACGGAAGUUCACGGGCACGAGAAGUUUAUAAAACUCCUGGAGUCUCGCGCGGAUCCAGGCUCGCGUACCCGAGGCUUGAUUACUGUAUCAAAUCAUAUAAGCGUAAUGGAUGACCCUUUGAUGUGGGGAACGAUUCCGUUAUUAAACAAACGUGCAUUCAAGUCGUUCAAUCGCAGAUGGGCUUUUGGAAGCCAUGAUAUAUGCUACAGCAACAGAGCUUUUUCUGCAUUUUUCACCCUAGGUCAAGUCAUGCCUACACAUCGUAUUCUCCAUUCUCCGUACGGAGGCCUCUUCCAACCUACCAUGACACAAGCAAUCCGCCUUCUGUCGCGCGGACCAUUUUCUCCUGAACCACAUAUGGCACCUGCUAGUCGGCAGCAUUGGAGUCUACAGAACGUUUGCGUUGACCCUUUUUCAGAAGUGGCUACCGCAUAUACUACCACAGGCGAAGAUUCGCAUAUCGCGCCUUCGGCAUACGCUUGUAAUAGUUUUUCGUGGAUUCACAUCUUCCCGGAGGGAAAAGUGCAUCAAGCGCCUAACAAGACGAUGCGAUAUUUUAAAUGGGGGGUGUCGCGGCUGAUUCUGGAGGCGUCCGAGUGUCCCGAUGUCGUCCCUAUGUGGAUUGAAGGCACCGACCAGGUCAUGCACGAGGAUCGCGGGUUCCCACGAUUCAUACCCCGCGUCAACAAAAAUAUAAGUAUAACCUUUGGCGAUCCAGCUGACCUGGAGGAGCAGUUUGGCGAUUUAAGAAGGCGGUGGCGGCGGAUAAAGGCAAAGGCGGAAGAGGGUCAAAAAGACCUGUCUCUUGGAGUCUUGAAUGAUGAGCUCAAGUACGGAAAGGAAGCUGUUGAGUUGCGCAUUGAGUGUACAAGGAGGAUUCGAGAGUUGGUUCUCGCCGUUCGAAAAUCGAGAGGGCUGCCCGACGAGGACCCAAAGGAGAGCAGAGUCGAAACUUGGCUUCGUGAAGGGCCGAAAGUUGAGGGGAAAAUGGAUGACGGAUCGUGGAUUCGAGAUACCUAA